AUGAAAACCAACCUAUUCUCCCUCGCAUUUGCCUUGGCAUUGGCCGAUGCCUAUCAAGUCCGAGAUUACUCAUCGUGGUCACCUGCAGGACCAAACGAUUAUCGCGGUCCUUGCCCAAUGAUGAACACCUUGGCCAACCAUGGCUUUCUCCCUCAUGACGGAAGAAACAUUACCAAAGCCAACGCCGUCGCCGCGCUCGGUAAUGGCAUCAACUUUGAUCCUGAUCUAGCGUCAUUGAUGUGGGAGCAAGCCGUCAUUGCCAACCCGCAGCCCAAUGCCACCUUUUUCACCCUCGACCAUCUGAAUCGACACAAUGUUCUCGAGCAUGACGCAAGCAUGAGUCGUUCUGACGCCUUCUUUGGCAACAAUCAUGUCUUUAAUCAGACCAUCUUCGACACGACCCGAGUCUAUUGGACCAAUGAAGUCCUCACGGCCCAAAUGCUAGCUGAUGGCAAGCUGGCGCGGCAGAUCACUUCCAGGUCGCAAAACCCAAACUAUACAUUUACCGAGACUACCGAGCACUUUAGUCUGGGAGAGGUCGCUGCACCCAUCAUUGUCUUUGGUGACAUGGCUGCCGGAACGGUCAAUCGUACUUGGGUCGAGUACUUUUUUGAGAAUGAACGACUGCCCUCUUCGCUGGGUUGGACAAAGAAGCAAGAGCCCGUCACGCUGGUGAAUGUAACUGGCGUCACUGACAUGAUCGAUGCCAAGACCCAUCUCACCACCCCCUGA